AUGCAUUACCUGAAGACGCAGGUAAAAGGUGAGGCCGCUGCACUACUCGCUAAUCUACAGAUCACUGAUGACGCUUUCCAACCCGCUUGGGAAUUACUGAAUACUUGCUACACAAAUCCACGUCGAUUGCUUGACAUGCACAUCGAUGAUUUGUUGGAUCGUCAACCGGUGACUUCACACUCCGCUGCUGAUCUGGAUGCGCUGCUACUCGCUAAUAAAAAAUCGCUGGACGCCAUCGCUGCUUUGGGAAUACCAAUUGGUGAGUUGGACCCAUUUUUAAUUCGCUUGACUGUUCGCUGUUUGCCAUCGGACUUGAGAGUGGAAUGGAUGGCUUCGCUUGGGUUAUCGAAUGUUUUUCCCACCUUCCAACAAUUACACGACAUGCUAAAAGCAAAGGUGCGUGCGUGGGAAAAUUCAGAGAUUGGCUCAAACAUAACCUCUACACAACCUAAGAGUGCUAGUGAAAGACCACCAUCACCUAAAAAUUACGCUAAGUCAGCCGCUACAACCAAGCAAGUGAAGUUUGGGAACAGUCGACCCGCUACCUCAUCAACGCCAUCUACAUCUACUGGUUCCGCUAGCUACGUUGCUUUCACUCCCAGGGAUCGUACGAGUGAACCGGGCAUGUGCCCAAUCUGCAAGGAGAAGCACUUUGUUCUCUUUUGCCCCAGCUACCAGAAGGCGUCGCCACUGAACCGAAGGACGAUUGUUCAGCAUUACCGCUUAUGCUUUAACUGUUUGGGACGCCAUCGCUACGCUGACUGCAGGACUAAGCAGAAGUGCCGCCAUUGUGAUCAGCCACAUCACACGUCGACUCAUCUUGACGAUGGUGCUGCCGCUAAACCAGCACAGGACGCUCCUGUAGCUGACCCAGCUCAUUCGCUCAAUGUUUUACUCGCUACCGCUAUUGUUAAGUUGAAUUCGCUAACAGGAAGUACAUGUACAGCCCGUGUACUUAUUGAUCAAGGAUCGGAGUUAUCCUUUGUGACGCAUUCGCUAAUCAAGAAGCUGGAUAUUCAACUCAGUAAAGCAGCUGUACCAUUACGUGGAAUUGGUAAUGUGUCAGCUGGGCAUUCGCUUGGGUCAUGCAAGAUGACGCUGCAUUCGCUACACAACAACGCUUCUAUUACCAUCCAAGCUCAUGUGCUUGCUCUAUUGACGGUAAACUUACCGUCAUUUACGCUAACUAAGAAGAAGAAAUGGCCGCAUAUAACUGGGCUACAACUCGCUGAUCCAGACUUCUUGACAUCAAGACCUAUUGACAUCAUUCUGGGUGCAGCACCAGCUGCACAUAUAAUCAACGCUAAAAUACGAAAAGGAAGUGAAAAUGACCCAAUCGCUCAGUCAACAUCACUUGGUUGGAUCAUAUAUGGAUCUGUGGACACCGCUACAUCAAAAUUGACCGCUCAUGGUCAUCAUGUCGCUGUUGAUGAUCAACUACAAGACUUGUUAACCAAGUUUUGGUACCAAGAAGAGCCACAGACAGAAUUCGCUACACGCUAUACUGAAGAAGAAGAAGAGUGUGAACAACACUUUGUCAAUACACACUACAGACAGUCUGAUGGUCGAUAUGUCGUUCGCUUGCCGCUUAAAUCUUCGCCAAGUCAACUGGGUGAUUCGCUCAGAGCUGCACAAUACGCUUUACUACGUCUUCGCAAACGACUGGAAGCUGAUCCAGUCUACAAGAAGUUGUACUUCGACUUCCUGAAGGAGUAUGAAGACUUGGGGCACAUGAAACGUCUGAAAUUAAAGGAAUUACCACCGAACAGCUACCUGUUGCCUCAUCAUGGGGUUCUGAAAGAGCAGAGCAGGCUCUUAGAUAGUCUUUUUCUCGCACGAAAUUGCCUUCUGAAUGUUCUUCUUGCUGCUGAAACUCAUUCUGUUGCUUUUCCUGCUCCUGAAACUCUUUUUGCUGCUGAAACUCCUCCUGCUGCAAAAACUCUUCCUGCUGCUGAAACUGUUCCUGCUGUUGUUGUAGCUGCUGCUGUUGGCACUGUUGAUAUUCCUUGCCUUGUAUUCCGACCCUCUUAUUCAGAACUUGAACAUCACUGUAGUAAAUUGUUGUACAUUGUGGUGGAUCAACAAUCAGUGAGAUUGAAUUGA